CUUUUUUUUUUUAUUUCUUUUUCUCUUCUUUCUUUCAUUAUUUUUUUUUAAAAGGAAAAACUUUCUUCUUUGUUACUUUUUUUUUUUAUUUUGAUAAUGAAAGCCAUUCUCUUGUUGAUGCUGGCCAUGCCAAGUGUUCUUUUAGCUCAAAAUGCUUAUUGUAAAAACGAAUUUGCUCAAACACCCAAAAACUAAACCUCAUAAAGUCCAUGGUGGUGUCAAACAAACAAAUUGUACAACUUUUUAUGAUAUUAGCAAGUUACCUUCUGAAGAUAUUGAUGAUCAUACGUUAACCAUGGCCCAACUCAUUACCAAUGUAUUUGAAAAUGGAAACACUCAAAUGGGUUAUUCUGCUGCUUCCGAUAUUGGUGAUUGUCGUGGAUAUACUUGUGGUUACAUUGGAUUUACGACGGGAACAAAUGAUGCUUAUGCGGUAGUAGAACAAUAUGGACAUAGAAAACACAAGAAUCCAUUUGAACCAUACUUGGAUGAAUUGAAGAAAUUAAGUAGUUAUGAAUUCAAUGAUCCUCGUCGUGCUGAUACCUCCAAACUCGAUGGAUUUGCUUCUCUUUGGACUGAAACUGCUUGUACUGAUCCUAGUUUUGUUCAAACUCAAUUGGAUGUUGGUCAUGCUAUGUAUAUGAAACCGGCUUUGAAAUAUGCUGCUUCUGUGGAUGUGAAAUCUAAUCUUGGCAAAGCCUUGUUUUAUGAUACCAUUGUUCAACAUGGGUGGCAGUAUGUGGAACCUCUGAUUAAUCUCCCACGUAUUCUCGAAAUCACAGGCCCACGUGAAAAAGAUGAAAGUGAAAAGAGUUUCUUGACUCGAUUUUUGACAACAAGACGUCAACUUGUAUGUUGUUAUCCUGGCAAGGUAUGGAAUGAUUCAUCCGAUCGUAUGUCAGAUUUACAAAAUUUGGUGGAUGAUUGGGAAAAGAACAAGGAUUUGACUGACCCUGUACAUUUGGUCAAGUUUGAUGUGACAGUGACUGGAAAAGAAUCCAUUAGUUUUGACAAGGCUGGUUGCAAAAAAGCUAGUAAAAGACAUCGUUAUAGACCUUUUACCCAUUUACCUUCUGCUGAUGAUUUACCCAUCCCUCAAUGCCCUGAUACUUUAUAACCCUCAUUCUAUUUUUCUUCAAUAAAAAAUUUAAGUUAUUA